UAUCCAGAGAGCCACGCUGGCGUGGCAGAACCCAAAUCGAUAGUUGAAUGUUCGUCGUCGUCGUCGUCGACGUCGGUGCAACUCGCGCAAGCAAAAAUUUGUGGGGAAUUCAACAAAAAUUGUAGGUCGAAGCUCGAUCGAUGCCGAUCUACAUCACACUUUCACGCAGCUUCCCUGGUAGGGUUGCAUCGUCACUCCCAGAUCAGCAGAAUUAGAUCUACGCAGACGCGGAGCUCGAUUGUUGAUGCAGCCAUGGCGGCUGGUGACUGUCGGAUGUAUGAAGCGCGCUACCCGGAAGUUGACGACGUCGUCAUGGUGUCGGUGAAAAACAUCGCCGAGAUGGGUGCGUAUGUUUCACUACUUGAAUAUAAUAACAUCGAGGGAAUGAUUCUCCUGUCGGAGCUAUCUCGUCGACGUAUUCGAAGCAUAAGUAGCUUGAUCAAGGUCGGACGCCAGGAGCCUGUGAUGGUCGUCAGAGUGGACAAGGAGAAGGGCUACAUAGAUCUUAGCAAGCGCAGAGUGUCUGAGGAGGAUAUUGCCAGGUGCGAGGAGCGUUAUAAUAAGAGCAAGUUGGUACAUUCGAUCAUGCGACAUGUCGCUGACACAUUGGAGGCUGAUUUGGAGGAUAUUUAUACUCAUGUGGGCUGGCCGCUCUACAAGAAGUAUGGUCAUGCAUUUGAGGCCUUCAAGUUGAUAGUCAAUGAUCCUGAUUCUGUGCUCAAUGGACUCACGAAAGAAGUGAAGGAAAUGGAGGGUGAUAAGGAGGUAACGAAGAUAGUGCCAGCUAUGACUGAACCUGUACAAGAUGCUCUCAUCAAGAACAUCAAAAGAAGAAUGACCCCUCAGCCAUUGAAAAUUCGUGCUGACAUUGAGUUAAAAUGUUUUCAGUUCGAUGGGGUUUUACAUAUUCAGUCUGCAAUGAGAAAGGCUGAGGCUGCUGGAACUGAGGAGUGCCCUGUGAAGAUAAAGCUUGUCGCACCUCCGCUAUAUGUUCUCACCACUCAGACUCUUAAUAAGGAACUUGGCAUUACUGUGUUAGAAAAUGCCUUAAAUGCGUGCACAAAGGAGAUCGAAAAGCACAGAGGAAAGCUUGUGGUCAAGUCAGCUCCGAAAAUGGACGAUACAGAUCCUACAGAAGAGCAACAGGCCGCAACACCUGCCGAAGCAUCAGAUGAGGAUGAUAAUGCAGAGGAGGAGGAAGAGUACAUGCCUGGCCCAAGUGAAGGACUUCAAGGUUGAGACUCAAUUUGGUAAACACCAUUUCCUGGUGUUUCAGGAGAACAUUUUCAAGCUUUGCUCAGCAUAACCUAGUGGGGUAGGUUACGUUUACCCAACUGCAAGUUAGUUAGUUAGCUUAAUGUGCAUUAGGAAUCCAGCCACUAACAUCCCUUGGUUAAAUCCGUUAUUUGCUGUAUAGACUGGUGGCAUGAAGUCCCUGGUACCCAUAAGUUGAGACAAAGGAUUUCAGAAACCUUUUUGUAACCAACAUUCAGGUAAUAUUGAGAACUUUCAGAGCAUCCACAAUA